CAGGCUCACUUCGCCAUCCUGAAAUGCCUUUUGACUGACAGCAAUGGCUGCGUCACCGUAGAAUACAACGCGCAAAUCAAAAGGCUCACUGUACGUGUUGAUCGAUCGAAGAUUGUCUCGCAUGGGAAGCCUGCACUUGGUCGCAUGCUACUUCGAUUGCAUUUAUGCCGUUGUACUGCGGAUGUCCAAUCAUGCCGCGAGUAUUAUGAAGAGCUUUCAUGGGUCCAUGCAGAGCACCUCGCAUGGCGGGAGAUUGUUCUAGCGAAACAGGAGCCGAAGUGGGUAUUCGUUCAGGCAAACACCUUUCUUUGUGGCGAGGAAGUGGUUCUGAAGGAGUAUGCCGCGACUGCAAAAGGCGUGAUCCAAAGCUGGGCUGAGCGAAAAGUGUGA